GUCAUCUUCUCUCUCCCAACUGAUUAUCAGACUUUUGAUUGUGAAUAUUGUCUGAGAGAAAGUAAUGGAGCACAACACGAAGAAGGUGUCAAAGGGACUAUUGCAGAGUGAUGAAUUGUAUCAGUAUAUUUUGGAGACUAGUGUGUAUCCGCGUGAACCAAAGCCUCUCAAGGAGCUUAGGGAAGCCACUGCCAGCCAUCCCAGGGCUGAGAUGGCUACUUCACCAGAUGCAGGCCAGUUGAUGACCAUGCUGUUGGGGCUAGUGGAUGCAAAGAAGACGAUUGAAGUUGGAGUUUUUACAGGAUACUCUCUUCUCCUCACUGCUCUUGCAAUUCCUGAGGAUGGCAAGAUUGUAGCCAUUGAUGUCAAUCGUGAGCCAUAUGAUCAAAUAGGAUUUCCAAUCAUAAAGAAAGGUGGUGUUGAGCACAAAAUUGACCUCAUUGAAUCGGAGGCCUUGCCUGUGCUUGAUAAGUUAGUGGAACAACAUGGAAAUGAAGGAAGUUUCGACUUUUCUUUCGUUGAUGCAGACAAGGUUAACUACUGGAAUUACCAUGAGAGACUAAUGAAGCUGCUGAGGGUGGGAGGUAUAGCUGUAUAUGAUAACACUCUUUGGGAAGGGUCAGUUGUAAUGCCUCAUGAGUCUACUCCAGAAUUCAUGAAACCAGGCAGACAGUAUACUAUAGAGCUUAACAAGUCUCUGGCAGCUGAUCCGCGUGUGCAGCUUUCACAUGCUUCUUUGGGAGAUGGGAUCACAAUUUGUAGGCGAUUGUACUGAAUUCCUGAAAGUAAAAACCUACAUUUGGAACCUGAUGUAACAUUUCACAUGCUUUGGAUGUUUAAGUUUUCAGAAGCCACAAUUUGAA